AUGGCUGCGACCCACCCCCAACAUGUGGAAUACAGUGCAAAUUACUACAACGCGUAUUAUGAUUAUGGUCAAUUUAAUCAAGACCAUUUGCAAACCGGUUAUCCGCAUUUUCAAGCAAAUGCUCGCUAUGGAAACAGUGCGCCUUUAUACCUACCUCACGCAGAAGGACACAAUCAAUUGAAGCAAAAGCAAUGCGAGGACAACCUGCCCCCAGAACAACCGGCAGCAAUAGCAACAACAACAACAACACCUGCCGAAAAUCAACAAUCGUAUUAUCCAAAUGCACAGUAUUACUCGAAUCAAUAUUACUGCCAGCAGCAGUUCAACAGCUACCACGAUUAUUACGCUUACCAACACGGAUAUCCUGCCCACACCACUGAGCCUACUUUGGCAAAGUCAGUUCAGACUCCCGAGUCAACACCGGAAAGCAACAUCAAUCAUAUGUACAUUAACAACAAUGGUGCGUAUCAGCAGACGAGCAGUUCUACAACCGCGUCCAGCAAUCUGAGGGGGCAAAACAGCCACCCAUACGCAACCCAAGCGGACUCCUCACAGAGCGAACCGUUUACCUACGCAAAAAAGGAGCAAACCAAAAAGCGCAAAUUGGAUAACAGUUGCACACCGAACGAGGACUCGCCAGCGUUACGAGCGUUGCUCACCAACCCAUCGAAAAAGUUGAGGUACACUCCUGGCUACAACUCAUGUGGCGUCACUAACAUGAUGUCGCCCAUUAGUGAUCGAGUCGUGCCAGAAAUAGUCCCGCCUUCACCAAACAAGACCAAUGACAGUAUCGACAGUAUUUUAGAAUGUGCCAACAGUGGCUUCGAAACGAGUCUCCGGAAUGACGGGAUGAAUUUUUCGCUGAAUCAUUAUUCCAACCCACCGACUGCAUCCAGUUUCGAUGGUGUCAGCACACCGCCAUUAUCGCCAAAGGAUCUGGAUACCUCUCUGUCGAAGUCACCGUCUGUCGUAAACGACAAGGACUUUUCCCACUACGAUGGUUCAACGAAGGAAUCGGCUAAACGAACGCGCCAAUCCUAUUCGCGUUAUCAAACGUUGGAACUGGAGAAGGAAUUCCAAUUCAAUCGAUAUCUGCAGCGACGACGGCGCAUCGAAGUAGCGAAUGCAUUGAAACUCACCGAACGUCAGGUGAAAAUUUGGUUCCAAAAUCGCCGCAUGAAAGCCAAAAAGGACAAAUCGAUCGCAAGUCCCGAUAAUGUGCUGUACGAUGAAACCCAUCACCUUCACCAUCACCACCAGCCACCAGCGUAUCAACCACAAGGAGCAUCAUCCUUUAUCGGCUACAAUCAACCCCCAAUUCAAAAUUACGGCAGCUAUGACGUGACGUCACCGCACAAUCUUAGCUUUCAAUCAUGUGGAAAAGCUUUAUGA